AUGGGUCAAUCCGUUCCGCAGGACCCCCCUGCGCUCGCAGAGAAGCUAUGGACUCAUCCCGACCCAUCCUCCACGCCCAUGUGGAAGUUUAUCCAGCGCAUCAAUAACAAGUACAACCUCGCCAUCGCGGGGUAUCCCGAGCUCUACCAGUGGUCGAUUGACAAUGUCGCCGAGUUUUGGAGCGAGGCCUGGCACUUUGUCGGCAUCGUCGCCUCGAAAGAAGCUGAGCAGGUACUCCCCAAGGACGCGCACAUGUAUCCCCGUCCCGACUUCUUUGGCUCCGCGCGCCUCAACUUUGCCGAGAACCUGCUCUUCCCACCGACUUCGACACCGCUCGACGCCAACGCGACCGCCGUCAUCACAACCACCGAGCUCCCCGGGGACCUGCGCAGCACCAGCUGGGCUGAACUGCGCGAGGCAGUCCGACGCUGCUCCAACUCGCUCCGCGCCGCGGGCCUGCGCCCCAACGACGUCGUCGCCGGCUAUGUUUCCAACCACGUCGAGGCGCUCGUCGCCAUGCUCGCUGCGGCCUCCAUCGGCGCCGUCUGGACCGGCAUCAGCCCGGACAAUGGUGUUUCGGCCGUGCUGGACCGUCUAAGCCAGAUUGGCCCCAAGGUUCUGUUUGCCGACAAUGGCACCGUGUACAACGGCAAGGAGUGGUCGAGCACGUCCAAGACAGACGAGAUUGUCGCUGCGCUGAAGAGCACGGGGCUCGAGACCGUGGUCGUCAUCAACAACAUCAAGGGCGGACUGGGCCUCACCGAGCUCACGGCGCACGGCGUCAAGGCCGUCGACUACACGUCGUUCCUCGAAACUGCAUCCACAGACGCGCUCAAGUUUGAGCAGCUGCCCUCCUCCCACCCUCUCUACAUCCUCUAUUCCAGCGGCACCACCGGUCUGCCCAAGGCCAUUGUCCACACCGCGCUCGGCACGCUGCUGCAGCACAAGAAGGAGCAUGUCCUGCACUGCUCGCUCACACCCGCCUCGCGCAUGCUUUACUACACCACCACGUCGUGGAUGAUGUGGCACUGGAGCGUCGGCGCCCUCGCUGCGGGCGCCACUCUAGUCUUAUACUCGGGGUCGCCGUUCCGCCCCAACUCGUACCUGUCCAUCCCCCGCGUCCUGUCCGACCUUCAGGUCACGCACUUUGGCACUUCCGCCGCCUACCUCACGGCCCUCGAGGCCAACAACGUCCGCCCGGUCGAGGACAAGUCCAUUGACCUCUCACGCCUCGAGGCCAUCUACUCGACCGCCUCGCCCUUGCCGCCGUCCACCUUCAAGUUUGUCUACGAGGCCUUCCCCAAGACGGUCAACCUUGCCUCCAUAACCGGAGGCACCGACAUCAUCUCCCUCUUUGGCGCGCCAUGCCCGCUGCUCCCCGUCCGCGUCAGCGAAAUCCAGUGUGCCGGCCUCGGCAUGGCCAUCAAGGUUGUCGACUCUGCCACCGGCGAGGACGUGCCUGCCGGCGAGCCCGGCGACCUCGUCUGCGUCAAGCCCUUCCCGUGCCAGCCUCUCACCUUUUUCGGCGCCAGUGGCGAGGCCAAGUACCAGGCCGCCUACUUUGAGCGCUUCGCCGAUGUGUGCGGUGUCCAGGGUGCCGUCUGGCACCACGGCGACUUUGUCAAAAUUCCGGAUGCGUCCACCGGCGCGCUGCUGAUGCUGGGCCGCUCCGACGGCGUGCUCAAGCCCGCGGGCGUGCGCUUCGGCUCAGCGGAAAUCUACAACAUCCUCACGCGGUUUUUCGCUGCCGAUGUCGAGGACGCCGUGUGCGUCGGCCGUCGCCGCGAGACGGACAUGGACGAGACGGUGUGCUUGUUUGUCGUGCCUGUCGAGGGCAAGUCAAUUACCGAGGAGCUCCAAGGGCAGAUCAAGGCCAAGAUUCGCUCAGAGCUCAGCCCGCGUCACGUUCCGGGCGUGAUUGCCGCGGCCGGCGGCGGUAUUCCGAAAACAGGCAACGGGAAGAAGAUCGAGGUUGCGGUCAAGCAGAUCUUGUCGGGCAUGAAUAUCAAGACCAACGCGUCCGUCGCCAACCCGGAAUCGCUGGAGUGGUUCCGCGAAUGGGCCAAGGCGAAUUAA